AUGGAGAUUGCAUUUACAGGACUUGACUUGGAAGGUGUGGAGCUACUCCCAGGAGAACGACUUCUCGACUUGGAGUAUGCGGACGACAUUGCCCUCAUCUGUGACAGCUCCCAGACGUGCCAAGCCGCGCUGGACAGAUUAGCACUGGCUGUCAGCCGCUUCGGGUUUUGCUUUGCACCAUCGAAAUGCAAAGCGUUCCUCCAAUAUUGGCAGGGAUCGCCUCCUGCGCUGACCCUUGGUGGGAAUCAGCAGAAGUCGUUCGGAAAUUCAACUAUCUGGGAAGUUGUAUCAGCGCCCUUGGGAUCGAAGACGAGAUCACGAACC